GAUAGGGACCCCGGAGUACCUGUAAUACUCUGCAUAUCGACAUUACGCCAUCUGGGGUGUCAGGGAUCCCGAGGUACAGGUAACUCUCUCUGAAUAUCGACAUAUCAUCCUGGGGUGUUAGGGACCCCGAAUGCAUAACCGAUCUAAGCCAAGAUGCGCAGAAGUAAUGAAAAUUCGUCAUCCAGUACAGUCCAGUACGCUUUUCUCGUGGAUCCGAAUACAUUUUAGAUCCAAACUGAUCCAAACACACAUGUUUUGCACUGGAAGUUUGUCUUUAACAUUUGUAUUUAAUAUCCAAACUCUAUUACAAACAGCAAAUAUACAAGUUGCUAUUUAAGGAGAUCAUAUUUUUGACGUUGUUUAAUCACUACGUUGCCAAAUGUUUGUAUGGUGUUAAGGUUAUGGUGGGUAGUCAGUAAAGAAGUUUGUGGAACCAAUCGUACACAGUUAAAAAAUGGUUAUCGUAAACACAAAAAGUGAUAUAAGUGGAGAAGAUAUCCAAAUAACUCUAAAUGUUCUUAAGAACCAUAUAAAUGAGUAUGAGGUAAAAAGACGCAUGAUUUCUAAGGAGGACGUAACGAGAAGCCAGAGAAUCGAGGAAUUGGUUACGGAAGAGAAGCGUUUAUCCCAACAAUUUCGUCAGAUUAGAAAGCAAAUAAGACGCUAUGAAAGAAGGUAUGAGAAAAUAUUGAAGAAAAAGGUGAAACUGAUGAGUAUGCAGAUUAAGGAUGAUAUGUAUAGGUUGAAUACCCUAAAAGAAAAAUAUCAGGAGCUGAAUGAACAAUUAAAUAAGAAUUACCAUAAGACUGAUGAAAAAAAGAAGAAACAUACAAAGAAACCAUGUAAAGUACGGAGGAUAAAGAGAGGAUUGCGUAUGUUUAAGCAAAAGAUUGUACCAUUCAGUAGGAAAAUAAAAAUAAAAAUUAAACAAAAUAAAAAACUAGGUAGAAGAGAAAUGCUUUUCGUCAAUGACAGUAAUACGCAGCAAUCGUUUACGAAGGUAGUAAAUGUUCCGAAAUCGAAUUGUUUAAAUACACGAGAGUGUAAAGUUGUACUGAAAAAAUUAUCGGAGGAGCGAAUAAAUAAAAUCAUUGGACAAGGAGAGAAUCAGCAGAAAAACAAGCAAACGUCGGUGAAUUCCUCCGAAAAGAAUAACGAAAGUGAAGCAACGGACAAACCGAAUUGGCAUAUAAAAAUUCCAAAAUCGGUGUUCGAAGAAAUUCAAAAAGAAGAUCGUGGUACCGUUCUAAACGAUAUAUCUCCUACUAGGAAUAUUACCACGCAACAAAUGCAAAGUAAUGGGAACUAACCAUCAAUGAAACCUGCGUUACGCAGUCAUUAUAAGAUACAUUAUUAUUUUUAUUUAUUCUAACUUACUUUCUUUAUCAGAUAAGUAUACUUGUUACGAAAGAUCCGUCCUGUAUUGAUUUCAGUUUUGUAGCGACAUCUCUGCGAUUUUACCGGUCGGGUCGGUUUGUUUCAUUUUAAAUCACAUUCAUAUUUCUGUUUUUUUUUGCGACGUAAUAAUUUAUGUUAAUAACGAUAUAUACAUGUAAAAUGAUUUAUCAUUGAUAAGACUUUAGUGUACAAGAUACAUAAUGUGUUCAGUUGGUUCUUUAGAUGAAAUGUUCAAUUGGAUGAAAUACUACUUGAUGGUAUUAAAUAUCUGCACUGAAAUGUAGAUUUUACAUGCACAUAAUACCAUCUAAUGAAAUUUAUUAUUUGACAUUCAUAAAUGAACAUCAGCAUCUAUAUAAACGAAUAAAAUAAUUUUAAGAUAAAUAUUUCAAGAUAUUAUGUUCUUGAAACAGUACUUCAAAUUAUUGUACUGAUCUUGUGUUACUCAACAUUUUCUUUGAUAAUUUUAUAUAUCAUAACUUAUGAAUACAGGUAGAAAAACAACAAAGAAUGUGUAUCUGCUCCUAAUUACAACUGAAUAAAUGAAUUACAUGCACGCAAGCUUUUUAAUAAUACAAUAUGAAGAUGAACACUUAUUGAAAAGGGUAGCAGUGUUUACAUAUAUUUGUCAACAUAAUGAUACAUUCGCAUAAGUGUUCUUAUACCUACAUAAUAAUACAAUAGAGAGGAUUUUCAAGUGAACACUGAACAAUGUUAUUUCUGGAUUUAAGAUAUUUUUAAAUAAUUGCCGUACACUGGUACUAAGGAUCAUUUUUACAUUAAGCUAUACAUUAAUAGUAUUAAAACGAUACGUGCUAAUAAAUUAUUCAACGAAACUGUACAGUGCCAUUUCGCUAUGCGAGAACAGGGAAAAAAGGAAAAAUCAAAUGAAUCUCAGGUCACACUAUAGUGGUGAUUGAAAAAUACUUGAUAAAAAGGCAGUAUUAUUCACUCAAAAGAGUUGCUGGAAAACGUGAAGAAAACGACAGAUCUAACGAUUCUCCUUUCCUUUCCCGUUUGGUAUUCUUUGCAAAUGCGAUGAAACGUAUCGUUUGAUUUAUUUAGCACGAUUCGUGCCAAUGUAAUAAGUGUAAAAAUUUUGAUCAUACGGCUGUACAAAAACUACUAUAAUAGAAAUCUUCUCUUGUCAUGUCCUCAAGGAAGACAGUAGAUCUACAGGAUGAUACUAGAAAUUGGUCUCGAGCUAGCUUCAACCCUUGAACCACAGAGCCAGCACAACUAUGAUCCAGAUCUAUGAAACUUGUACAUAGUGGUGCUUAGACUAAAAUCCGGCAUUCAAAUUGUUAAAUAAAACACUUUGAAAUGUUUAAAAAGUAAAAAUCAAGAAAGAAAUCGUCACUGUCUUAGCGGUUCAAGGGUUGAGUGAAAGUAAAAAGAAAUAAAAUGUUCUGCUUGUUGUUUUUCUUUUGUAAAUCAAUAUCAAUUUUUCAUAUAAGUAUCAAUAAUUAAGUACUUUAUGUAAUAUUUAAAAUUAAUAUUUUACUUUUUGAUUCAGUUUUGAAGACAACUGUAAAUAUUUCUUAAAGUACUUAGUUUAUAACAAUUGUAUCUAAUUAUAAGAAAUACUGAUUUAUGGAAGAAAACUUGACUGUUUCAUUCAAUAAAGAAGUAAAGUUCUGAAUA